AUUCUGUGAGAGCCGAUUCUGGAGAGGAGAGCGCUACAUAACAGGCAAAUUGGAGGAGGAAAAAGAAGAAAAAUCCAUUGAGGAGGGAGGAUUUCGAGGAAAAUAACACAUAAUCUGGGCUCGUUGGUGUCCACUUUUGCGUCCUUUAGCUUUGGCAAAGGUGUCUGAAAGUUUCCAUCUGGGGGGGACACCCUCCCCUUGUUGUGGGGAUGAUCAGCGAAUGCUGAAUUUCAUUCCUGAAGGCAGGAGGAGGAGAGCUGUGAAGACCGGCUGGAUUCACUUGCUGUGGAGCUGGUAGUGCGCACCACCAGAGAUCCUACAGUGCCUCUUUUCUCUCUCACACUCAGUCUCUCAGACGGGCUUUUUUUCCUGUAGAAGACAUAACAGUAUUUCACUUUGCCAAGUGGAAUAUCAAGAAGGAGCAACCUCUAAAAAGAAAUCACCGGGAAGGAAAGGGGAUUGGAUUAUGCACAGAGUCAGUGAAGGACAUCCACAUCCUGUUCUGAAAAAAUAAGUUCUCAGCAGUGAAGGCUUUGAAUUGAGCUCUGAAUCUGAGAGACUUGAGGAUUUUUUCUUACCUAUCUCAUUGUUUAGGAGCAGCAACGACCCUCAAACCGCUUACAUUUUGGACUAUAAGCUUCUGGAUGGUAUUUCAAGACUGAAUCCGUGUAGGCACCAUUCGGCUCUCCUGGCAGGAAGCAGACAUGUUCUUUGCCUCUGCUCCAGUAUGAGGCGGUGAGGGGGGUUUGACAGCGAGGACCUGACGUUUGAUUGACAGUGCAAUGUCCCAGGGGAGAGGCAGGGAAAUUAUCUGAAUUUCAGGACCCUUGGGUUAGUGACCUGUGAAUAGAGUCACACCGGGGAUAGGACUUCCUUGCCUCUGUAACAGUGUAUGGACAUCUGACAUUGGGAAGCCCAGCAGAUAAAACUCCGAAAGUAGGGACGACCACAACAAAAGAAGAGAGUGAGGAACAGGCCAUGGCUGAGGGGAUGAUUGCUUCUCAAAGUGAGCCGUGACAGAAUGGUCGACUGUAUAAGCAAAGUCAUGCUGCACACGGUCGUCUCAUGCUGGCAACCAUUCCUGGGACUGGCCCUUGUGGCUGUCUUUGUGGGUUCUACCCUGGGAUGUCCCUCCCGCUGUGAGUGCUCAGCGCAGACCAAGGCAGUCGUCUGUCACCGCAAGCGCAUGCCCACCAUCCCGGACGGCAUCCCAACGGAGACCAGGAUCCUGGACCUGAGUAAGAACAAGCUGACAAUGAUCAACCCAGAUGACUUUUUUAACUUUCCUGGACUUGAGGAACUUGACCUCAGUGGGAAUAUUGUCAGUUAUGUUGAGCCUGGAGCUUUCAACGCCCUGUUCAACAUGCACUCACUCAGUCUGAAGAGCAAUCGUAUCAAGCUCAUUCCUCUGGGUGUUUUCACUGGCUUAGCAAAUCUUACCCGACUGGAUAUAAGUGACAACAAGAUCGUCAUCCUCCUGGAUUACAUGUUCCAGGAUCUGCACAAUCUAAGGUUUUUGGAAGUGGGUGACAAUGAUCUGGUGUACAUUUCUCACCGUGCAUUCAGUGGACUAUUAAGCCUGGAGAUGCUAACCUUAGAGCGGUGCAACCUAACAGUUGUACCCACAGAAGCUCUUUCCCACCUACACAACCUGGUCAGCCUCCAUCUACGAUACCUCAGCAUCAGCACUUUGCAUCCAUACUCAUUCAAAAAACUGUUUCGCCUGCGGAACUUAGAAAUUGAUAAUUGGCCUUCACUUGACCAUGUGCCAGCAAAUACACUGCAUGGCCUCAACUUGACCACCUUGUUCAUUACUCACACUAACUUGUCCUCCUUCCCUUACCAAGCCCUCAAGCAUCUGCCCUACCUGACACACCUCAACCUGUCCUUCAACCGCAUCAGGCACAUUGAGGGGGGUAUGUUAAUGGAACUGGUUCGUCUACAAGAGCUCCAUCUGGUUGGCGCCCAGCUAACCGCCAUUGAACCGUACGCCUUCCAAGGCCUUCGGGGUCUCAAAGUCCUCAAUGUCUCUCACAAUCGACUGGAUACACUGGAGAAGGGUGUGUUUCAGUCCCCUGAAGCUCUGGUUGUUCUUCUGAUUGACAACAACCCCCUGGUGUGCGACUGUCGUCUCAUGUGGAUCCUACAGAAAAGGCAUUCCAUCCUCUUUGGGGAGUCACAGCCUGAAUGCAGCACACCUGAGGGUAUUCGUGGCAGACCUUUUAAGGAGUUCAAGGAGACCCUCCUAUCUUAUUACGUCACGUGUACAAAGCCAAAAAUCCGUGAGAAUAAAACGCAAACGAUCACUGUGGACGAAGGCCAGCAGGCGUUGUUGCGUUGCAGUGCUGAAGGGACACCAAGGCCCAUUGUGUCUUGGCUGUCACCACGUCGACGAGUCCUGACAAGUCGGAGUCAUGGUCGAGUUAUGGUCCACAUCAAUGGCACACUGGAGAUCAAGUCUGCAGAGGUACAAGAUGGUGGAGUCUACCUGUGUCUUGCCUCCAACACUGCUGGGAAUGACACCUUGAUGACAUCAUUGGCGGUGAAAAGUCUGGGAUCGCUGUAUGCCAACAGGACCCAGUACUACACAGAUCCCAGUAAUACCACUGCCAAUGGGACAGCUGGAGUAACCCUCGGUUUAGACCUAAAGACCAUUUUAGUGUCAACAGCCAUGGGUUGUUUCACUUUCCUGGGUGUGGUCUUGUUUUGUUUCCUGCUCCUUUUCGUUUGGAGCAGAGGAAAAGGGAAGCAUAAAAACAACAUAGAUGUUGAAUAUGUGCCUCGGUCAAAGUCUAAUGGCACUAAUGUUGACUCAGCAGAGGGACAAGCCGGCCCCCGACGUUUUAACAUGAAAAUGAUGUGACUCCUUUUUUAAAUCCAAGAUUCUGGAUUGUGGAAAUGCCCAAAGUACAAUGUAUUUUUUGAAAAUAGGACUACUGAACUCCCCAUUGCUUCAGGGAGGGCAGUAGUGAAGUGAAGGAUUGUUACGGGGCAUCAUAAUAAGAAGAGCAGCACCUGCAUUCACUGGAAGUUGACGUAAUGUUUGAAUACUAUGUCUCAAGUACUGGAAAUCUUGGUGGGACAUCCUCUCGCGUAAAUGCCAGCGGGCAACCUUGUCAACAUGGAUAAGGAGUGAAAACUAUUGCCACCAUUGGGAUCUGAAGGGAACAGGUGUCAUUAAUCAGCUUUUUGAAAUUUAUAUGCCCAAAAAAAACACUUCAGUUUUGGGUUGAAUCGACAGACUCAGCUGAACCAUGUACAGUACAAAUUUGUAUCUAAACUAUUAACCUACUUUGUUUAGUCUUGCGCCAUGCUUAUUCCAAGAACAAAUCAAUGAAACAGCUCAUUAAUUCCUAUGUUCAAUACUUUGCAUAUGUGUACCUAAUGCUUCAUUAUGUACAUGUAUGUACAUGUUCAUUCAGAAGAACUAUUCAUAGCAAUAUUCAUGGGAUGCGUUAGCCAAAAUUGUCAUACCCCUUAUGUUCAGCAAGAACAUUCUUCAGACUUUUGACGUCUCCAUGGAUUCAGGAAGGGCUUCUUCGGUUGAUUAUCUGUCCCUGCUCCCCAAAUUGACUCCUGGAUAUGAAUAAAUAUAUAAUAUUUAUCAGUGAUGAGAAAAGAAAAAAAUAUUUUAUUUAUGAAAAAUGUUGAGAAUUUUACAAAAUCAGUCCUCAAACAAUGUUCAGGAUCUAACAUGACAUUUGGAUCAUCACAGAGGUGAGCCAUAAUUGGUGAAACACCUACAUGAACCACCUUUUUGUCCUAUUUUUGUCUCUUUUUUAUUACUUUAAUUGUACCUUUUCUGGUUGGCAAGUUACAUGUGUCAAUUUUAUUACAGUGACAUUUGCAUAAUUUUCCCCAGUAGGAAAUUUGGACUUUGUUGUGGUAGUUCCUCAUUUUGUUGUUGAAUCAUUUAGAUUGUGCAAUCUUCAAGUAAAAGUAAAAAAAAUGUAUGUGAAAUAAAUGAAGAUGUAUUUGUAAAAUCGAGUCUGUCUUACUGACUCCUACUGCAAGAUAAAGUUUCACAUUGCAGAGACACUCCCAUGCUAAGUGACUCAUCCACCAAUUGGUGCAAUAUGACAAUAAUAUAAGCAUAUCAAUAGCGAACAAUUAUGACUGAAAAAUUACUAACAUUCAACAUCUGUUUCUGUUAUAGUUUCAACAAUUUCAUGACUGUAUAUUGUUAACCAAACAUAUACUUUUGUACUUUGUAUUAUAAUAUAAGAGUAUCCUUCUUCAGAAAAGCCAACAUUGAUGCAGUUACAACUUUUUUACUCACCAUGAAAGGAGCAACAACCAAGAUUUGAAUACAAAUAUUUAUUGUUAUAUGGUUAUUAACAUGUUUCCAGUGUUACUCUGUGAUUACUGUUUUAUCCUAAAAUAUGUGACAAAGAAAUAAGACUGCUAACACAGCAUUUGCAAAUGUUCAAACUGGAUUACUUGUGCGUUUCCCUCAAAGCAGGGUGUGAAAAAAACAGGUACACUUUAAACAGGUCACCAAAAUGUAAUAUUGAGUUUUAAUCAUUGAGCCUUGCUGACACUUGGAACAGUCUAUGGGAUACUGCCUAUUAUGUCAUAGCCCAAUUUAAAUUUACUCAUUGGGACAGUCUUCAUCUCUUCAUCUCUGUUUUUUAUUUAACAGGGCUGUCAUCACACUGCUGUUUGUGGAUAAUUCAUGUGAGCUGUUAUUGAUUAAUAUACUAUAUAUUAGAAAUAUUUUCUCAAAAGCUUCCAAGUACAUCAUUACCUGCAUUUGUUUAUUGUAUUGCACAUCAAAACAAAGUGUAAAUGAAAAAAUCAAUGGGUUUUCAUCUGGAGAUAUGGAGUUAAUAUGAACACUAACACUUGCAAAGGGUCUGCAGUGAUAAUGUUUUGUGCUGAUGUUAACAUCGGAAUCUUCCUGUAUGACACAUAAAAAAAACAAUGGCUUCGUU